AUGACAGCAGAAGAAGCAACAAUAAUGGCAAAGACAACAUUUUCUCCGCCGGCCGCCUCUACCAUCCAGCGCUCGCCGUGGCACUCUCCGGUACCGUACCUCUUCGGCGGCCUGGCCGCGAUGCUGGGACUUAUAGCUUUUGCUCUCUUGAUCUUAGCUUGUUCAUACUGGAAACUCUCCGACCAAAUGAAUGGCCCCGGAGAGGGUGAAAGAGACGUCGAGGGCGGUGAUGAUGAUCAUAAAGGUGAAAACGCCACGGCUGCGAUGGCGGCGCUGCCUUUCGAAGAGAAGAUUGUGGUGAUUAUGGCUGGUGAUGUUAAGCCAACUUUCUUGGCCACCCCCAUGUCGAGUAGGGCUUCUUCAUUUGGAGAUGGAAAUGGAAAGAAGGAAAAUAUAGAAAUGGCUGAGAAGCCAAAACAAGAAAAUGAAGAGACCUCGCAAUCCCAAGUGAUCCAAGAAGAAGUUCAUUAG